AUGUCGUUCCCCGAAACCCAUAUCCUGACUUCUAUCUCCUCUGUAGCUAGACCGCAUGGUGCUUGUCCAGUGGGUCUGGAUAUAAACUUCCAUGAAGAACUCAACCUUGCGACGCACAGUCCCUCCCCCAUUUCCCCCAUUCAUACCACUGAUGUUGAGCAGGACUUGUUUACACGUCGAAAUUCAGAAAGUGAAGUGAACGACCCCCUUCUACUGCAGCAACACAAGAAGCAGGCUGAAGAGCUCAAUGAACUACGCAAAAGAGGAAAGGCGGGAAAGCAAUUGACUGCAUUUUAUGAGCGGCAGAACGAGUUAAUUGACGACUUGCUACGGCCACCUGAUACGAGGGAAGAAGGCGAAGCAAAAAAUUUGGUGAAGCUCAAGGUUGCAGUGUAUGGUUCACUGUUGGCAAAUAUUUGCUUGUUUGCCUUGCAACUCGUAGCAGCGAUCCUAUCUGGCUCAUUGGCAUUAUUUGCAACAACGGCUGAUGCUUUUAUGGACCUUGCUUCUUCGGCGGUAUUGGUAUAUACGGGCCGCGCAGCUCUUUCGCAAAAUUUCCAUCAGUAUCCCACUGGGAAAACGAGAAUGGAAACGGCUGGGAUAAUCGUCUUUGCCUCACUCAUGGCUACGUUAUCUGUGCAGUUGAUGGUGGAAGGGGCAAGGGCUCUCAUUAGCAGCAGCCAUGAAGUCGAUCUCUCGCCCUUAUCCAUUGGCUUGAUAGCAGCAGCCAUCGCAACCAAGGGCGUCCUCUACUUGUACUGUCAAGCUGUUUCCCAAUACCCGUCCGCCAGAAUUCUCGCGCAGGAUCACCGCAAUGACAUCUUCAUGAAUUCCAUCGGAAUUACACUUUCCGUUUUGGGCCAAAAAGUCGCAUGCAACCGACUGACGUCUGGGAUUUAUUACAAAGGUGCGAUAUUGAUCGCUGCUCUAAUCCUCAGAUCGUGGGCCGGAACCGCACAUGAGCAUAUCCAAUACAUUGUGGGGAAGACAGCAGAGCCCGCUUUUCUGCAAAGGGUUACUUAUCUCACGUUGACGCACGAUCCCCGCAUUCUACAGAUUGAUACCUGCCGUGCGUAUCAUGCUGGAAAUAAUUUUUUUGUCGAGGUGGACAUUGUGCUGCCGCCCAACAUGCUGUUGGCGGAGGCUCACGAUAUUGGAGAGGCAUUGCAAAUUAAGCUGGAGACUCUCCCGAACGUGGAGCGAGCAUUUGUUCAUUUGGACUACGAGACGACACAUGCUCCAGAGCAUCGAAAGAUGCGCUAA